UGUGAAGGAAACACAACUAACCCUCCUAUUGACCAAACACGACACGAAACAUGGCGACACCACAAAGACCCGAGCAGGGCCACUCCAGGCACCCAUCAAGCGAUACUAGGCGCGUCGCAAUGCCGCGGCGUAGCACAAAAGGCCCUCUGGACGUGGACACAUCGUGAGUCGCGAGGGACCCCUCUUCUUUAUGCACCAGAUCGCUGA